GAUAGCGGCAGGGACAGGCUCUGUGCUGAACGCCGGCUCCUUCCUCUGUGGGUGGAAGUGCCGCGAUAAGAAAUGUGGCCACAGAGACAUGGCAAGCUUUAUCAGACGAGAUGCUACUGCCGAGUGUUGUGCCUGUGUCGGUGCUGUGGAAAAAGCGUGGCUAAAGGGUGCAUACCUGCUGCAUAGCCGGACCGGGUUUAGCAGGUAGAUCUGAUCCUGCAGUAGUUGAACGCCUGCUGCUGUUCGCUCUUAGCAUUUCGAACGAUGAGCUACGAGUGGGCGGGUCCCGGCAUAACCGGAAGAUAUGGACCACCGCCGGCACUCCCUCCCCGACCGAGCCGAGAAGUGGCCCCGCGUCCCAGCCGCGACCCACCACCAGUUCCGCGUCCGCGCCGAGAACUCAGCCCCGAGCCAGAGCCUGAGUGGUACUGGGGCAACAUCAGUCGCGAGGAGGCCUCCGAGAAGCUCAACGGCCAGCCGGACGGCACGUUCCUGGUGCGGGACUCUCAGACGGCCAGCGGCGAGUACACGCUCUGUCUGCGCAAGGGCGGCAACAACCGGCUCAUCCGCAUCUGCUCUAAAUACGGCAGGUUCGGUUUCUCGGAGCCGUACCAGUUCGACUCGAUGGCGAGUCUGAUCGACUACUACCGACGAGAGAGUCUACGGGAGUACAACCCCCAGCUGAAUGUGCGGCUCGAGAGGCCGCUGGUGGAGCCACGACCGAUUGGUGACGGCCACACCAUCUCCAGUCUGGUGGAGCAGUUGCGAGGCAUGCGCGACGCUUACGACGAGGUGACGGCCGAGCUGGAGCUGCUGGAACGGCGCAGCGACACGCGCUCGUUUGCUAUCGCUAACCAUAAGAAGGCUCAGGAGGCCUACGCUGAGGUGCUGCUCAUGUUUAACGAGCAGGUGCACAUAGCGAAGAAUAUCCGGCCAGAGCUCCACGAGCGAGACCAAGUGCAGGAGAACCGGCGUCACCUGGAGCUGCAGCGGGAGCGGGUGCAGCAGCUGCAGCACCAGAUGGGACAGGAGCUGCACGGCUGGGUGACGUCCCUGCGCUCCACCGAACGCGACCUGGGCGCCGUCCACCAGCAGGAGCGCCAGAUGAUGCAGGACAUCCGAGACGUGGAGCGGCAGCUGCAGCGGCGAGGAGUCAGCUACGCCCAGCAGGAGACGCUGCUGGCAGGCCGCGGCUCUGAGCCGGCCAGUGGCCAGGGCGAGCCCCUCUCCGAACAGCAGGACCGCUGGCUGCUCGAGCGCUGCAACCGCGAUGGCGCCCAGGCCUUGCUUCGCGACAAACCGGACGGCACGUUUCUGAUCCGCCGGCGCAGUGACCGGCCAGAUAUGUUCGUGCUGUCCAUCUGUGCGCAAGGUCGCGUGGAGCACUGUCCCAUCUUCUGGGGGGAGCGAGGUUACGGUUUCUCACAGCCGUACGCCUUUCAUUCGAGUCUCGGAUCGCUGGUGGAUUACUACCACGAGGAGGGAGACCUGAGCGACUUCAACUCGGUGCUGCCCAAGAGACUGGUGUACCCGGCGCUGGGUGCAUGACUGCGGCGUAAAGCAUCAGCUGGCUGUGCUCUCACUGAUGUAUUUUGUGUGUGAUAAAAACGAGCAUUCAGGUAUGUUUUGCCGGUCCCGUAGCUCAGUUGGUUAGAGCGUUGGACUCCGCGUGGUGAGAGCACGCGUUCCCGGUUAUGACAGUCCGGGUUCGAAGCGCGACGGGCGCUCGACAUUUAUGGGCCUCCUGACAGGUAUGGUUGCGGUUGGUGGCAGGCCGUAGCCAGGUGAAGUCAGCGAGGGGACCGGCCGUGCGCGGCUUUGUGCGCACGUUAAACUUUGGACUCUAAAUUCUGCCAUAGAAUCGGAAUUGCGCGAUCGGAGGGUAGAGGGCAGGGUCAUCGCAACAAGCUUCGCUUAGCGGUGGCUCUGUCCUUGUGAAUCCUUCCCAUCAAAAGGUUCGGACUAAAUUUAUAAAAAAAAAAGUUUUAUUUCUUUUUGUACUUACGCUGAGAGUCGAACGCUACAUAUAGAGCUUGUACUGCACCUUUUCCAGAUCACACAUAUAGCUGCGCCAUUUCGUUGUCAUAAGUGUUUUCGUUUUCAGUAAUGUACGAUGUGAUAUACACGUAAAUGCUAGGUAAGUGAUAUAUCGCUUAACACGAAUACUAAGCACGCUUACUCUGCUUUUGUUUCUUGUUCGUCAGCCUUAAUUAUCCGGAGACUGAACAGCACAUUUUCUUAUUUGUUCACAGGGUGAUCGCAGAUCAACAAUGUGUUGCCAAGAAAAGCUAUGUCAUGUUAUGCUGAGACCACUGCCACGUCAACCACAUGAUGUUAAAAAGUCAAGCAUAUCAAAUUUUCUAAAUAGUACGGUGUUCCUGUUUGACGCCGAUGUUAUGUUGUUGGAUUUCGCGACUUAAUUCCACUUUUUUGCUGGCCUCCAUUUUGCAUGGAUAGUUAUUUUAUACGUGCUGUGCAUUAUAUUGCUGCAAUAAAAGGCUACAAGAACGA